CGCACUUGAUCAUCUUCAUGGCAACCGCAUCACACUCUAGGCCAAUCCGUGGCCCGCAAACAUGCACUACAUCAGGUUCUUACGGGCGCCCGAGGUCGAGCAAGGGGAAUCUCGGUCGUCCCUGAAACUCGUGCUAACCGUCACCACCGAUCUCGGCGACGCUUACCUCGCCCCUCACAACCCGAUCGAGCUUGCCGUGAUAGGCGCGUACACGGAGCGCAAAGACGGGGUGGACCGGCUCACUCCAAUCAACCUAUCCCUGGGUUGCACCCUUAGAUGGCGGGCUGGAAUGAGAGUGCUCAAGUUUGAGGUUCCGCUACCCGCGCAGCAGCCCGUUGAGACGAUUCAGGUCCGACCUGCAAGCCGGGAACUGACCGCUCUCAGUACCACCGACAUUAUUAGCGGCGGCCAAGGGUGGAUCAUGGCUGCAUAUGCAGACAUACAACACAGACAGAGUGAUACGCACCCGGCUUCUGUGUGUUUCCGCAGCCUGAGAUUGCCUACCCCUCCGACGGGGGCGGGUAGCCGAUUCGAAGCGAUGCAACUCGAAGAAGACAUUGGCAUGAGCAUCGCCCGCCGCAUAUGGGAUGGAGGGAUCGCGGCCAUGUCGUUUGUCGCCGCCAUCUGCUCGGAUAACAUACCCCAAGAGUCUAGCACAACAGCUCUGCCAACGUUGCGCACCAUCCUGCGGGGCCAGCAGCAACGCCCGUUGAAUAUCCUGGAACUUGGCUGCGGUAUUGGGACCCUGGGCAUUGGUAUGGCACGGAUUCUGUCUCUGAUGGGCCGGGAAAGAGCGACGACCAACAUCCUCAUGACUGACGUCCCCGAGGCCGAAGCGCGGGCGCGAGCAAACAUGGCGCGCCAAUCCGACGCUUUGAGAGAAGGGCCCGCGACGCUCGAUUUUGAGCCAUUAAAUUGGGAGGACGGGCAGCAUGGCAUCUUUGGCGAGAAAGUCAGGUCCUGUGCCUGGGACCUCAUAAUGCUCAGCGAUUGCACCUACAACACCGACACCUUGCAACCCCUGGUCAAGACGCUUACUGCGCUGCACAGCCAAGGGUUGCAAGGUUGCCACGCCGAAAGCUCGGUUGUGGCGAAGGUUCUUCUAGCAACGAAGCCCAGGCAUUCGUCCGAGAGCAUUGCGUUUGAUUUGAUGGCCGCCGAUGGGUGGGUUGUCCGAGAGAAGACGGUGCUGCCACUCCCCGUCCUCGACGGCGAAGGGCAGUCCGUCGAGGUGUAUCUUCUUGAAAAGGAAUGAAAGAAAGGUUGAAGAAGAUGGCUGACGCACGCCCGAUGCAACGAUGUGUUGGAUCAUGGAUGGGGUUGUAUCAUGGCUAUGAUGCCGGAGGAAGAGAUCUUAGGCAUUGAUCGUAAAUCUGUUUGCCCGUUCAGCUCCAAGCGUGUCUCGGACUGCCUUUGUUGGGGAAAACCCCUAAGCCAAAGCCAAGGUACUACCAUUCCUCAUAUCACCCAGCCCAGGUUAAGUGACUGUUGCGAAGUGGCCAAGUGGUGCACCUUCUACACCGAUCACAUGCUGCCCCCUAAAUUUGCGGUUCACCAGAUGUUUCAUUCUCCCAAAUUGC